AUGGUGAUUGAUCUAGAGGAUGGUAGCUCUAAUGAUCAAGAGGAAAGCUUACUUCAUCACCUAAAGCCAAGUGUGGCUAAACGCAUGAAGACUCGAAAUGGAAGAUUUGUGGCUAAACUUAUGUCAGCUAGAAAAGCUAAGAAGACUGCUGAGGAUGUUGAGGAAGAUGUCCCUGACAUCUCGCUUUUGAAGAAAACCACUGAUAGGAAGUCUCCUGUUAAGGUUCCUGCUGUUCAUUUGGAUAACAUCUCUUUCCAUCUUGAGGAUGGAGCUGCCAAGUGGAAAUUCAUGAUUCAAAGAAGGGCGGCUGUGGAAAGGGAGUUGGGAAAAGAUGCUAUUGAUGUCAAGGAGGUCAUGGACAUGAUAAAGGUUGCUGGGUUGUUGAAGACUGUGUCUUGGUUCUCUCAAUUCUAUGAGGGAAGAAAAAUUGAGGGUGUAGGUGAAUUAGAAGUUACAGAUAAUGAGGUCUGUAGAGAGAUUACAGCUAGGAAGGUGAAAAGUUGGCCUGUUAAAAAGCAUCUUCCUACUGGGAAGUUGACUGUCAAGUAUGCUAUCUUGCAUAAAAUGGGAGCUGCAAAUUGGGUCCCUACCAACCAUAUUUCCACUAUUGCUAAUAGCAUUGGGAGCAAUGAAGAAGAAGUUGAAGCCCACACCUCUAGUGAGAGGUUUGCUAACCAUGAUGAUACAAGUGGAAAUUCUGAUUCUAGUGCUGAUGAAGCUGCAAGCUCAAGCUCUACUGACUUGCUUACAACUGGUUAUGUACUUGGUUUUGCAACCCUUUAA